AGUGCAAAUUCGUUGGUAGCCCACCAUGCCACCUAAGGGAUCCAACAAGAAGCCGCCGACGACGAUGCUGAGCUCCUUCGGCCGCGGCCUGACUGCGGCGGCGCAGAGCGCGGACCCCGUGGUGGGGCGGGAGGACGAGAUCGACUGCGUGGUGUGCAUCCUCUCCCGCAAGUCCAAGAACAGCGCCGUGCUCGUGGGCGCGCCGGGCGUCGGCAAGACUGCCAUCGCCGAGGGCCUCGCGCAGCGGAUCGCCCGCGGCGAGGUGUCGGGGGUCCUCGCCGGCGCGCGCGUCGUGGAGCUCAGCGUGGCCGCCAUGAUCUCCGGCACCACGUUCCGCGGCACGUUCGAGGAGCGCGUGGCGGGCGUGAUCGCCGAGGCGGAGGGCGCCGGCCCCGGCAAGGCGGUGGUGGUGCUGUUCGUGGACGAGAUCCACAUGCUGCUCGGCGCCGGCCGCGUCGCCGGGAGCUGCAUCGACGCGUCCAACAUGCUCAAGCCGGCGCUGGCGAGGGGCCGCGUGCGCUGCCUCGGCGCCACCACGCACGACGAGUACCAGCGCUACUUCGUCCGCGACGCCGCGUUCGAGCGCCGCUUCCAGAAGGUGCACGUCGCCGAGCCCGGCGAGGCCGACACGGUGGCCAUCCUCCGCCGGCUCAAGGCGGGGUACGAGGAGCACCACGGCAUGGAGAUCCAGGACGAUGCCCUCGUCGCCGCCGCCAGGCUCUCCGGCCGCUACAUUCCAGCGCGGCACUACCCGGACAAGGCCAUCGAUCUGGUCGACGAGGCCUGCGCGACGGCGAGGCUUCUCAUGGAUCGCCGGAAGAAGCAGCAGGUAGUCAGCAGCAGCAGCGGGCAGCAGCCGCCCUUGCUGGAGCCCAAGGACGAGAACGUCGUCGGCCCCGACCACGUCGCUCGGAUCGUGAGCAAGUGGACGGGCAUCCCGGUGGCGAGCCUGGGGCAGGACGAGCGCAAGAGGCUGCUGGAGCUGCCCAAGCGGCUGCACAGGCGCGUCGUCGACCAGGACGAGGCCGUCGACGUGGUCGCCGAGGCGGUGGUGCGGUCGCGGUUGGGCCUCGGCAACCCCGACCAGCCGUCCGGCUCCUUCCUCUUCCUCGGCCCCACCGGCGUCGGCAAGACGGAGCUCGCCAAGGCCCUCGCCGAGCAGCUCUUCGGCGACGAGAAGCUGCUCGUCCGGAUCGACAUGUCCGAAUACGUCGGCAGCAACUCCGUCACCCGCCUCAUCGGCUCAGCCCCUGGGCAGCUCGGGCACGAGAAGGGAGGUCAGCUCACGGAAAUGGUGAGGCAGCGGCCGUACAGCGUGGUGCUGUUCGACGAGGUGGAGAAAGCGGACUCCGCCGUGACGAACCUGUUCCUCCAGAUCCUCGACGACGGCAGGCUCACCGACGGGCAGGGCCGCACCGUCGACUUCACCAACACCAUCAUCAUCCUCACCUCCAACCUCGGCGUGCACCACCUUUACGCCGCCGCCGCCGCCGCCGCCAUGGAGACCGCGCGGCAGCGCGUCCUGGCCGACGUGCAGAGGCACUUCAGGCCGGAGCUCAUCAACCGGUUCGGCGAGGUGGUGCUGUUCCACCCACUGUCCGGCGAGCAGCUCCGCAAGAUUGCGCGGAUGCAGCUGAAGGGCCUCGCCGCGCGCCUCGCCGACAAGGGCAUCGGCCUCGACGUCACCGACGCGGCCAUGGACGUGGUGCUGGCCAGGUCGAGCGACCAGGUGCAGAUGUACGGCGCGAGGCCGAUCAAGCGGUGCCUGCAGAAGAACAUCAUGACCAGGAUCUCCAAGAUGGUGGUGCAGGAGGAGGUCGACGACGACUGCUACGUCUCGGUCGACGCCGACGGGGAGAAGAAGGAGCUGGUGUUUACCGUUGAGAAGCCAGAGGCGGGAAUGGGCCCGGAAUCUUCCGAGGUGACCCAAGCAGCAUCGCUGAAGAACGAGACGCCAUCAUCGUCGUCCUCGAUGAAGAAGAGGAAGCGGAGGCCACCGGCGAAACAUCUUGUCGUGAUUGAAGAUGACGACGAGUAGUGGUGCUGGAUCAUGCAUGUCUACCGUGUGGCUGCGGUCACUGCAUCCAAGAACUCGAGUCAUGGUUUUUUGGGCUUUUGAUGGCUACAUGGUUGAAAGACCAAAAGAUUUUCCUUUUGAGUAAUUGCUCGAACAUAGUCAGGGUUUUCCGUGUGUGCCCCAGUUGACGUGUUCAGUUGUUCACACCGUUUCAAUGUGUCAAUUGAAUGACAUAUUUCUCUCA